AUGGCGAAUCGCGCUUUAAUCCCAUUCCUGGUCACGAUGAUGCUCGUGACCGGGGUCUGCAAUACAAUCCUCAACAAAUACCAGGACAUGCAAUGUGUUCGAAACUGCGACUCUCCGGAUCCAAAGGAGCAUAAGCUUUUUGAGCAGCCGGUUAUUCAGACAGCCCAAAUGUUCAUCGGUGAAAUGGGCUGCUGGCUAGUCCUCGGUUUAUCAAUCCUCUACAAACGCUUCGUUGCUCCCCGUCUUUCUCAUGACCCAUCACCCCUCUUAUCAGGCGGCUACCGCCCCAUCCGCGGCGAAGACGGAGGCCUAGAAGACGACGAGAACACACUAGACGGCCACGACCCCGAAUACGACGCAAACAAACCAGGCGAAGAUCGAAUUCUCCUCCGCGGAUGGAGAAUCUUCCUCCUCGCCCUCCCAUCUUCCUGCGACAUCGCAGGCACAACACUAAUGAACAUCGGCCUCCUCUUCGUCGCAGCAAGUAUCUACCAGAUGACCCGUGGUGCGCUCGUGCUAUUCGUAGGCCUCUUCAGUGUUCUUUUCCUCCACCGCAAGCUCUUCCUGUACCAGUGGAGUGCUUUAUUCGUUGUUGUUCUGGGUGUUGCGCUCGUUGGUCUUUCAGGUGUUUUAUUCAGUGGAAAUAAGGAUGAAGAUCUUGCGCAGGAUACUGCUGCUGGUUCUGUUGAUCCGGUUCAGACUAUUGUUGGGGUUCUGUUGAUUGCUUCUGCGCAGAUCUUUACGGCGACGCAGUUUGUGCUGGAAGAGUGGAUUUUGGAGCAUUAUGCUAUGGAUCCGAUGGAGUUUGUUGGGUGGGAGGGUAUUUUUGGUUUCUCGGUUACUUUGAUCGGGAUGGUCAUCUCGUACAUUGUUUUCGGGAGUACGGAGGCGGGAAGAUAUGGAUACUUCGAUAUGGCUGAGGGGUGGCGUCAGGUUAUCUCUGUUCCUACCGUGACUCUGUCAAGUUUCCUGAUUAUGAUCAGUAUUGGUGGCUUUAACUUCUUCGGUCUCUCUGUCACCCGCACCGUAUCUGCGACUUCCCGAAGCACAAUCGAUACCUGCCGAACACUAUUCAUUUGGCUCGUUUCUCUAGGUCUAGGCUGGGAAUCAUUCAAAUGGCUCCAGGUAGCUGGCUUCGGUCUCCUUGUCUACGGAACAUUCAUAUUCAACGAUAUCAUUCAGCCACCCUUGAAAGCCUGCCUCCCCCGCGAACCUAGAGAAAGCGAGGCUCUUCUCCCCGAAGACCCAAUUGAGCAUAUCUAG